GUGUGUGUCAAAUAAGUUGUGUUCUUUGAUCUUUUGUGUUGCUUGUUUUUUUCUCUUCAUUAUUGUAUGGUGAUUCUUUUUUUUCUUUUUUGUUGUUGUUGUUGUUAAAUUGCUUUUGAUAAAAACAAACAAGGUAUAUCAUCUGAAAAUAUCAUCCAAAAAUCAACAAGUAUCACCAUGAAAAGAUCUUCGAAAAAAAAUGAUGAUCAUAUUGGUUCGAAAUUACCACGAUUACAAAAUUCAACAAAUGAUAAUGGUUCAACAACAGCAUCAAAUAAUGAUCGAAUAAAAGUUUGUGUUCGUGUUCGUCCAUUAAAACCAAUAGAAUUGGAAACAAAUACUAAAUCAAUAAUCGAUGUUAUUGAUAAAUCAUUAUUGGUAUUUGAUCCAUAUAUUUAUGAUGAAGAUAAUAAUCAAUAUGAAUAUCAUGGAAAACGUUAUAAAGAAAUUGGUAAAAAAGCCAAUAAAAAUUUACAAUUUAAUUUUGAUCGUGUAUUCAAUGAUGAAGAGAAUAAUCUUUCUGUUUAUACUGAAACAACAAAAGAUAUGGUUGAAGCAUUAUUGGCCGGUUAUAAUUGUUCAGUAUUUGCAUAUGGUUCAACUGGUUCGGGUAAAACACAUACAAUGCUUGGAUCAACAAAUGAUCCUGGUGUUAUUUUCUUUACAACAAUGGAUCUUUAUAAACAAAUCGAUGAAGAAAAAGAUCAAAAUCUUGAACUGAAAAUAUCCUAUUUUGAAAUCUAUAAUGAAAUUAUCUAUGAUCUACUUGAUCCAACAUCAAAUCAACCAUUAUCUGUACUGGAAAAUGCUAAUAAAAGUAUUACUGUUAAAAAUUUAAGCAUACAUCAACCAAAAGAUGCACAACAUUUAAUCGAAAUGCUUGAAUAUGGUAAUAAAAAUCGUAAACAACAUCCAACAGAUGCUAAUGCUGAAUCAUCACGUUCACAUGCCGUAUUUCAGAUAACAUUACAACGUAAAGAUUUUUCUGAUGAUCAAGAUAUGUCAAUCCAAGUUUCAAAAAUGAGCCUAAUUGAUUUGGCUGGUAGUGAACGAGCAUCGAAUGCAUAUAAAACAUAUCGAAGUAAUAGUUUACAUCGUGAAGGUGGUAAUAUAAAUAAAUCAUUAUUAUCAUUGGGUAAUUGUAUUCAUGCAUUAACAAGUAAUAAGAAAGAUGUUUAUGUACCAUAUCGUAGUUCGAAAUUAACAAUGAUAUUACGUGAUUCAUUGGGUGGAAAUUGUAAAACAUUAAUGAUAGCAACUAUUUCACCAUCAGCAAAUCAAUAUGAAGAAACACAUAAUACAUUGAUAUAUGCUGAACGUGCACAAGGUAUACAAUUAUUUGCACAAAAAAAUAAUAUAACUGUCGGUGUUCAACCAAGAGAUUAUAAACGAAUCAUUGAAAAUAUGACCAGAGAAAAAGCUAAACUAUUGAAUACAAUUGAAGAAUUGAAACAAAAAUAUCAAAAUCAUGUGGAAUGUGUACCAAAAAAUCCAAUCAAUACAUCGAAAGAUUCAUUGGCUAAAUUAAAUUCGGUAAAAAAUACAUUGGAUGAUCAUUUUCAACAACGCAUUGAAUUACGAUCAAAACUUUUGGAUUGUGAACAUAAUAUAAAAAUGUUGGAUUUACGAUUAUUAUUCCGUGAAUAUGAAAAUGAACGGGCAAAAUUAUUUAAUGUUAUUGAAGAAGAGAAUCGAUCCGAACAGACAAAAAGUUUGCAUUCGAUUUAUGGACAAAAAUUACAUUAUUCAAAUCUAAAGAUAUCGAUCGAAGAACAAGUAAAAGAAAAUGAAACAAAAAUUAUGGAAUUUGAAAAUGAUUUGAUUGCCGCAACCGAUAAUGAUAUUAUUGUACGAAGUUAUUUUAUUGAAAAUCAUUGUAUUGUUAAAAAGAAAGAUAUGGACAUGUUUCAAGAACAUUCUAAAAAAAUGUUUGAAGAAUUUUAUUCAAAAUAUAAUGCAUUCCAUGAGCUUACUGAAGAUACAUUUAAUUAUAUUUAUAAAUCAUAUCAUAUAUUGAAUGGUUUAGGAAAAUUAUCCGAAGAAAUGGAUGAAAAAUUUCAAUCGAUUGCACAGAAAAUAAAUGGUAAAAAAAGUGUUAUAUGGCGUGAUAAUAUCGAUUCAACAUCAAUGAUAAAAACAAAAGCCAUAAUCAAACUUUUUUCAUUACCCGUUUAUGAUGGUGUAAUGAAUAAUACACCGGAAAAUAAACGAAAUUUGGUAGCCAUACGUGAUAUAACACCACGUUUAUUACGUCCAAUACAAAAUAAUCAUAAUGGAGGAGGAACACCUAAACAUAUUGGAACAAUGAAUCAUCAAGGUCUUGGCAACACAAUAACUAAAUCUCGUAAUGUAGCCAUGAUUAAUACACCUGGACAACAACAACAACAAAAUUCAUCACGUUAUUAUAAUAAUAAUUAUAAAAGUCCAAAAUAUUUUAAUCAACCAUGGCCACGAUCUAUUAGUAGUUCACAACGUAAACAACAACGACAAUUUGGCUAUCGUAAUAAUAAUAAUUUCAAUUAUAAUAAUGAUGGAUUAUCAAAUUCAAGAACCAAUUCGGAAAACUUUAGCUAUAAUCCAAAUUUUCGACCAAAAUUUCGCUUUUAAAUAAUUACCAUUCUUUUUUAAUUUUUAUUCAUUUAUUCAUUAUGACGUA